AUGAGGGCGGACGUGAGCCGCGCGAACGAGAUCGAGGCGAUGGUCGAGAGGGCCCAUGCCGAGUUCGGCAGAAUCGACAUCCUCGUCAACAACGCACUUUUCCGCGGAGCUGUGGGGCGGAGACAACAAAUCUGGAGGACAUAUCCGAGUCCGACUUCGACUGCCGGCAUCGGCAUCCUGGUGAAGGCCACUUUCCUGACGGCCAAAUACACGUGCCGCACAUGCGCCGGACUGGGCACGGCAGCAUCGUGA